AUGUCGUACCAGCCGAGGCAAAUAUACACAGUGAUCACAACUCAAUCAACAGCUGCAAUGAGUUCAAACACAAACCAGGACCCAAAAGCCCGAGUGCCAUUAAACUAUAAUUUUCUGUUUUUAACAGUGGCUAUCAAGAAAAGGUCCAGAGUUCCUGGGGUUAUGAUCAUUCAGUAUUUUGAAGAACUCCCUGAAGGACAAACAACUCCUGACUUCACCCGGAAGCCAGUAGCAGCAACUGUUCAAGAGGGUAAAAAGGCUUUUUUCAAAGCCAAGGUUAAGGGGAUACCGUUGCCAACUGUCACAUGGGGGCGUAACAACGGGGAAACCAAUGACCCAGAAAAGUACAUGACCAGAUAUGAUGACAGAGAGCAAGAACACUUUCUUGAGAUGCCCAAUAUAGAACCAGAGCAAGCUGACACCUACAGAUGCUUUGCCACCAAUGAGUAUGGACAGGCUCUUUGUUCUGUAACACUCAAAGUUAUUGAAGCUGGCUUCAAGAAGAAAGGACCAUUGGGUAUGAAUGUUCAAGCACCGCUGGAUUUCAGAGCAAUGCUUAAGAAACAUGUUGUUGUCAAAAGAAAAAAACAACUUGCACCAAGGGUAGAUGGAGAGAUGGAUCCUAAAAUUUGGGAACUGCUUCUCAGUGCCCAGAGGAAGGACUAUGAAAAAAUCUGUUUAGACUAUGGUAUCACUGACUUUCGUUUUAUGCUGAAAAGACUGAAGCAAUUGCGAAAGGAAAAGGAAGAUGAACAAGCAAAGGUGUUAGAGAAACUGGAAAAUGUAAAACAAAUUGAAGUGAAACCUGAUGGGAAAGCUGAAUUUAGCCUGGACAUGACUUUACUGGAUCCAAACAGUACAAUUAACUUAUACAAGGACGGCAUAAUGGUCGAAUAUGGUGAUGAUGAAAAUUCAAAGCAUAGUCUAAAGAAAGAUGGGACUAGUUAUGUUUUCAGCAUCAACAAUCCUCAGCCAGAGGAUGCUGGAUUUUACCAGGUUGAUGUUGAAGAGGCAAAUGUUAUUGCAACUGACUUUCAAGUGCCUGAUGUGGAGUUUAUAGCCAAGAUUAAGGAUGUGAAGGUUUACGAAAGUGAGGACGCGCUCUUCCAGUGUGUCUUGACAACACCUCUCAACAGAAUUACUUGGUCAAAACCCGACUCCUCACUUGAAGAUGGGGACAAAUAUGAGAUCACUGCCUCAGAGGACAAACUAAUUCACACAUUAAAGGUUAAAAAUUGUGAAAAGUCAGAUAAUGGAGAGUAUUAUGCCAUCGCUGGCAUCAUCUCCAGCAAGGCCACUCUCACAGUGGAAGCGGAUCCAGAUGGUAGUAAAAACCGCAAGGGCGCCCAAACUGGGGAUCAGGAUGAUCUGAUUAAACUGGCUUUGGAACAGCAGGCCAAGCUACAAAAGGAGAAAGAUGACCUGGAGGCAGCUAGACGAGCACAAGCUGAAAAGGACGCUGCAGAUGCAGCAGCUAGAGCUGCAUUGGGGGAUGGAGGAGAUGGUUCUGGUAUUGGUUCUGGCGAUGGUUCUGGUAUUGGUUCUGGUUUUGGUUCGGGUGAUGGUUCUGGUGGCAGGAGGGAUGGAGACGAGGGUGAUGGAAAAGACAAGAACAAGAACCUCCUGACAGAUGGAGAUGAUGACAAAAAAGGAGAAGAGGAUGAUGCGGAUAAGAAAAAGAGACGAGCAGGAGCAGGCUCAUUGGUUCCUGACACUGAUAUAGCGUUACUGCAAGCGGCCUCGCAAGAUCACAGUGUUCAGUUCGUAAGUGGGCUGUCAGACAUUGGUGCUAAUGUUGGUGAACGGGCAGAGAUGUCUUGCAAACUAAGCAGUGACAAUUCUGAGGGGCGUUGGUUUAAAGAUGGGAAACUGCUUACCGAGGAUGAUGGGGUAACACUUCUUAAAGAUGGAGCAUGUCACAAGUUGGUAAUUGAUAGCUGUAAAAAAGACGAUACAGGUGUGUACCGCUUUGAAGCUGAGGGACGUAAAUCCGAAGCAACAUUGAAUAUUCAAGACCCUCCAAAAAUCGACCUUGACGCUCUAGGAAAAUUCACAAAGCCAGUCAUUGUAAAGGCAGGUGAAAAUGCUGAAUGGAAACUGCCAAUCUCAGGUGGAAAACCAAUCUAUGUACAAUGGUACAAGGACGAUGACGAACUUCUGCCUGCCCUCAAUGUGAAGAUUGAAACAUCAGAUACUGAGGGUCAGCUACGCCUUCUUAAGUGCCAGAGGAAAGAUACUGGAGAGGUCAAAAUCAAAAUUAAAAAUGAGUUUGGUACAACAGAAGCAAUUUCCAAACUUAUUGUAAUAGACAAACCCACACCACCACAGGGACCUGUGGAUAUUACAGAAAGUGCUCUAACAUCUGUUGAGUUCAAAUGGAAACCGCCAAAAGAUGAUGGUGGAUGCCCAGUCACAAACUAUAACAUACAGCGCCAACAAGUGGGGCGAAAUAAAUGGGCAAAUCUCAGUGACGUCCCUGGCAGCGACCCUAAUUACAGAGAUUCAGAUGUGGACCCUGGAAGAAGAUACAGCUACCGGAUCAGGGCCAAGAACACAGAAGGCAUCAGUGAUUACCUGCAGACAACAGACAUACCAGCUGGUAUAUUACGUUAUCCUGGUAGCCCAACAGGACUUAAAGUAGUCAGUUCCUUUAAAGACUGCAUCAACUUGACUUGGUGUCCGCCGUCCGACACUGGAGGAACCAAGUUAGUGGGAUACAAUUUGGAAAAGAACAAGAAAGGCACUAAUUACUGGAGCCUCGUGAACCAAGAAGGGCCAAUCCCACAUACAAAGCAUGCAGUGAAAGAUAUCAUUGAGGGAUCAGCAUAUGUGUUUAGGGUGUCUGCUAUCAACCUAUCUGGUGCUGGAGAUCCUUGUAUUCCAUGUGACACAGUAAUUGCAAGGGAUCCAAUGAAACCCCCAGGCAAAGUCACAGACCUGAAAUUAACAUCAUCCAAUUACACUACAUUUUCGCUGGCUUGGACUAAACCUAAGGAAAUAAAAGGGGAAGAGGAUGAAGCCCACGGUUACUAUGUGGAGAUCAGACCAAUAGAAAGCAUUGAAUGGGCCCGCUGUAAUGCCGUCCCAAUUACUCUGACUUCCCACACUGUGCUUGGCUUGAAGGCAAUGGCCACAUACUGGGUAAGAGUAAUUGCUACCAAUUAUGGAGGUGAUGGAGAACCUCAGGGCCUUGACAAUUACAUCAUUGCCAUGCCUCCACCUGUGAGGCCACAAUUUAAAGAUUGCAAAAUGAAGACCUUUGUGGUGGUGAGAUCUGGAAACACUGUUCGUCUAAAUAUCAACUUUGAGGCCUCUCCCUUGCCAGAUAUCACUUGGUUAAAAGAUGGUUUUCCAGUGGCCAAACAUGUUACAAUUAGCAACUUUGAUAAAGGUUCUCAACUCUUGAUCCCCACAUCUGAGUGGUCUGACACUGGCAUCUACACCAUUACUGUCAGGAACCUUGUCGGCCAGGAGAGCUUCAACAUUGAAAUCAGAGUUACAGAUGAUCCAAGGCCUCCAGGACCAGUGCAGCUGGAUCAAAACACCCCAGGAACAGUCACUCUGUCCUGGGCUCCCUCUCCAGACGAGAGGAGGGAUGACAGAUUACAUUAUGUGUUAUCCAAGCGUGACUCCUUCAAACGCACUUGGAGGACAGUGCAUGACAACCUCUUUAACAAUAAGUUCACAGUUGUCAACAUUUUGCCUGGACGGGAGUAUUACUUCAGGGUAUUUGCUAAAAAUGACAUAGGACUUUCACCACCAUCUAAGUCCCCUGCAUUUGAAAUCAAAAAGGAAAAAGGACACUUCAAAGUGAAUAUACCAGACAUAAAAUCUUUGGACUUCAAGUCACCUCCAUCAUUUAUUAUUCCCCUGAAGAGGCGCACAGCUCCAGAAGGUUACGAGUGCUACAUGACCUGUGCAGUUAAGGGUGAUCCAACUCCACGUGUGACAUGGUACCGCAACAAUAUCAGCCUGAACACAGACACCAACUACCACAUCACCAAUGUAUGUGGUGUCUGCUCCUUGCGCAUACUAAGGGUGGGACCCAACGAUGACGGGGAAUACAAAGUCGUCAUAGAGAACCAACUGGGGACAGCUGAGUCCUCAAUGAUGCUGAAUAUCAGAGGGUGA